CAAUAUGGCUACUCGGGCCUGUGGGUGGGUUCUAUGGUGCUGUCCCGAAGACCCCUGGUACCGCUAGGCCCUCUCUAUAGCCGCCACACACGGACGAGCCCGUACCUCAGCCUGGCGGGUGCGCGGCGCCACACACCUGAGCGCGGAGACCAGGCCCGGGUCACGUGACGGCGGCUGGUUGCUAGGCAGCGGCGCCUGGUUACUGGGAAUGCAACGCGGAGGCUUCGGGGUGAAGAUGGGGGUCAGCAAGCAGGUUGUAUCUGAUCAUGAAAAUCGAUCCACCAUCUUGUUUAAUGUAUCGAAAAAUGAGAGCGGAGGGUACAAAUCUCUGCAGAAAAGACUCCGAGCCAGCUGGAAAAUACAAAGUUUGAAAGAAGAUGUUACAUUGGAAAAGUUGUCCGGCAUCAAGCUCUGGAUCACUGCUGGACCCAGGGAGAAAUUUACAGCAGCUGAGUUUGACGCACUGAAGCAGUUUCUGGAGAAAGGUGGUGACAUCCUGGUUAUGUUAGGAGAGGGAGGAGAAGCCAAAUAUGAUACCAAUAUCAACUUUUUGCUAGAGGAGUACGGCAUAAUGGUCAAUACUGAUGCUGUAGUAAGAAAUGUUUACUAUAAAUACUUCCACCCCAAGGAGGCGCUCAUUUCGAAUGGAGUAUUGAAUCGGGAGAUCAAUAGAGCGGCUGGAAAGAACGUGUCGGCAGUAACUGAUGAUGAGGUUGAAGGGAACAGUGCACAGGGUUUGACCUUUGUUUACCCAUUUGGUGCCACGCUUAACGUUAUGAAGCCGGCGGUGCCAGUCCUGUCCACAGGGUCAGUGUGUUUCCCUCUGAACAGACCGGUCAUGGCAUUUUAUCAUUCCAAGCCACAUGGAGGGAAACUGGCUGUAGUUGGAUCAUCUCACAUGUUCAACGAUCAGUAUCUGGAUAAGGAAGAAAAUGCAAAGAUUCUGGAUGUGCUCAUGCAAUGGCUCACUACUAGUGAUAUCCAGCUAAACCAAAUUGACGCUGACGCUCCAGAGGUUUCAGACUACACCAUGAUCCCCGACAGCAACAAGUUAUCCCAGCAGCUGCGGGUCUGCCUGCAGGAAGGAGAUGAAAAUCCUCGGGAUUUUACCACCCUGUUUGACAUGAGCAUCUAUCAGAUGGAUACUUCUUCUCUAUCCAAAGUUAUAAAAGCCUAUAAGGAACUGAGUGUGAAGCAUGAGACGUUGCAGCUUAUCCAGCCACAGUUUGAGGCUCCGCUCCCUGCUCUCCAGCCUGCUGUGUUCCCUCCAUCGUUCCGUGAACCUCCUGCACCAGCGCUUGAACUGUUUGAUUUGGAUGAGAAUUUCUCUUCUGAAAAAUCCCGCCUUGCGCAAAUAACAAAUCGAUGUACAGAGGAUGACCUGGAGUUCUAUGUACGGAAGUGUGGCGAUAUCUUGGGGGUAACUGGAAGCCUACCAAAGGAGGCACAAGAUGCCAAACACAUUCUUCAGCACGUAUUUUUCCAAGUCGUUGAAUUCAAGAAACUUAAUCAGGAGCAGGACUUGGAUACUAGUGAAAUGGGUUUCCAGAGCAGCUGAAACUCUACAAGAAGCAGUCACCCAGCUGAAUUCCCAAAAGAGGACUUAUUGGUUUAUAUUCAUGUCUUUUUCUAAAUUUUGUAUCCUGUCGUGCGUAGACACUUUGUAAAUAUGCUAUUUGUAUGAGAAACAUACAGAAUAAAUUGUGAUAUAUA